UCUGACGUUCGAAUCGAGAUGUCAGGUUUGAAAGUCGCUCUGAUCUUGGGAAGUGUUCGCGAAGGCCGAAUGGUAGAGCGCGUUUCGAAAGUUGUGCUAGCAAGUCUGGAAAAACGUGAAAUACAAGUACUCCUCUUCGAUCCAUUGGAGCGAGAAGAAUAUCACAUUCUGCGAAAACCAAUACAUUUCUAUGCCCCUGAAGAAGACGUGCCGAAUUAUCUCCUCGAAGAUAAUCAGACUCUCGCUGACUGUGACGCUUACGUCAUCGUCAGUCCGGAGUACAACAGAUGUAUACCAGGUGCUCUCAGCAACCUGAUUAAUCAUUUCCCGCCAGCAACCUUCGCCGCGAAACCAGUGGGGGUCGUGAGCUAUUCCCUCGGUAGAUUGGGCGGCGCCAGCGUUUCUAUACAACUCCGGGAAUAUCUGACUGAACUCGCCAUGAUCAAUCUUCCGAUAAUGGUGAACAUUCCUUUCGUUUCGGACGCGAUCUCGGAAGAUAAUGAGGUGAAGGAUCAACGGAUCGAGCCGUUGCUAAAUGGAAUGCUCGACCAGCUUGUGUGGUAUGGAUACGCCAUGAAAAGAAUCAAAGAAGAACACGGACAAAUGCCACUAUAA